AGUGCACUCCAUGUCGGGAGGGAACAGGCUGGAUGACUAAAAUCAUGUAUAGAUUUGGUAAGAAAUUCUUUUGAUAAACUAAGUGCUAGACUAUGCUUGGUAGUAAAUGUGAAGGAAUAAAUGAUUUGAUUAUUCUCUUACCAUUUCUAGCAAGUGGCAAUGCUAAACCUUCGGAAAUCGACAUGUUAUGGGUAAAUAGUUCUGUGUUGAAGAAAUAUUUAGAAUGUCAUACGACAUGUCUAAAGUUGUUCAUCCUUGUUUCAGGAAUUAAGUAAACAAAUUGAAGGUCAUACGAUCUGCGCUCUGGGCGAUGGCGCUGCGUGGCCUGCACAGGUAUUGUGGAAAUUAUAACUCUUAGAGGACCUCUAGGAAGAACAGUUUACUUUAGAACUGAUUGAGUUGUUCAGUAUAAAUAAAGUUAGUUUAGUUUAGGUUUCCUUCUAUAGUAACACUGGAUCAAUAAGGGCUGCCUCUUGUUGGAUAUCUAGGAAGAGCAGUUUAUAACUGAUAGAACUAUCCAGUAUAAAAAAAGUUAGUUUAGUUUAGGUUUCCUCUUGUAGUAACACUGGAUCAAUAAGAGAUGAUCCUUACUGGACCUCUAGGAAGAACAGUUUAGAACUGAUAGAGCUAUCCAGUGUAAAUAAAGUUAGUUUAGUAGUUUGAUAUUGACAUAGAGCUAUUCUGUCUUCAGGGUUUGAUACGUCAUUUCCGGCCUGAACUGGAACGGAGGAUGCAAGAACACGCCGAGUCUGAGAAGGCGGCUGCAGUUGCUUGAUGUCAGCGGUACACUCUAUAAUUCUAUUACUAAUAUGUGAGUUUUACACACCAGGAUGGUAAGACGUAUAUUUCAGUAUAUCUGGUUUUGUCGCUACAAGAUCUUAAUGUAAAUAAAUUAUAAUAAAAAGUACAUUUUAUUGUUGCUUUGCGAGACUAAAUUAUUAUCUGACAAUUGAU